CACUGGACACUAGAAAAGAAAAAGCGAGGAAGAAAUAGCAGACUAUCUUCUGCUACACUGUGGUCACUUUUGAAUAUAUUUCAUUUGAAAAAAAAAACAUUUAAUUGGAUAAAAAUGCACGGUUUCAUUCUUCUGAUGGUGUUCCUUAUUACUGAAUUCCAGUCAUCUUCAGCAAUGAAACUGGAUCCCUGUUCUGCAUAUAUUAGUCUAAAUGAACCCUGGAGAAACACAGAACACCAUGUUAAUGACUCCAACGGCAAGCCUAUGUGUGACGAACAUGUGAAUGGUGAGUGGUACCGCUUUACUGGCAUGGCAGGUGACGCCAUGCCCACCUUCUGCAUUUCAGAAAAUCAGUGUGGUACCCAAGCCCCCAUCUGGCUGAAUGGCAGUCAUCCUACAGAGUCAGAAGGCAUUGUCUCACGACAAGUUUGUGCUACCUUCAAUGGUAAUUGCUGUAUUUGGAACACUUCUGUUGAUGUUAAGGCCUGCUCUGGAGGCUACUAUGUUUACAGACUUCCAAAACUCGGUGUCUGCUAUCACGCUUACUGUGGCCACUUCUAUGACAUCUGUGAUGUGUUGGACUGUCGGGAGAAUUGCCUGGAUACAGGAGAGUGCCAGUGCACUGCUGGGACCACCUUAGGACCAGAUGGACAAACUUGUUUAGAUGUUAAUGAAUGUGAAUGGAACAAUGGUGGCUGUAGUGAGAUCUGCGUGAAUCUGAAGAGCUCCCAUCGAUGUGAAUGUGGAAUCAGGAGAGUCCUGGCAGAAGAUGGAAGAACCUGUAUAGAUAUUGAAGGUUGCCAAAGCAAAAAUGGGGGUUGCAGCCAUAUAUGUACAAUGACAGAAGCAGGCUACCAGUGUGAGUGCCCACGAGGACUAAUCCUGUCAGAGGAUAACCACACCUGUCAAGUCCCAGUGCAGUGCAAGUCUCAGUCCAUUGAGGUGGCAGUACCAAAGGACCUUGCUGGAGGACUGGAUCUUUACCUUUCCAAUUCUUCGUGUAAAGGGGUGUCUAAUGGGACCCAUGUCAACAUUAAUUUUAACCUCCGAUCCUGUGGCACUGUUGUAGAGGUGGUGAAAGAUAAGAUAAUUGCCACUAACACAGUAACAGGCAUACCAAAACAGAUGCCUGGAAGUAACGGGGACAUUAUUAUUCGGACAAGUAAACUGCUAAUUCCUAUCACCUGUGAAUUUCCUCGCCAGUAUACUGUGUCUGAAGGAUAUGUGCCUAACACCAGAAGUUCACCACUGGAAAUGCUAGGCAAAAAUCAUGGAAUUUUCCCAUUUGCUCUUGAGAUCUUUAAAAACAAGGACUUCGAUGAAACAUACAGGGAGACCCCUCCUGUACUGAAGCUCCGGGAUUCUGUCUACUUUGGGGUUGAACCCCUAAUUCAUGUGGAUGGGCUGGAGUCCUUAGUGGAGAACUGUUUUGCUACACCAUCCUCCAAAAUUGAUGAAAUUAUAAAAUACUACCUAAUUAAAGAUGGCUGCAUUUCUGAUGAAAAUGUGAAGCAAUAUACCACAAAGGACCAACUGGCAAAGCAUUAUCAAGUCCCUGUGUUCAAAUUUGUGGGAAAAGAUAAGAAGGAGGUAUUUUUGCACUGCCGAGUUGUAGUUUGCAGUGCAUUAGAUGAACGGUCUCGUUGUGCUCAGGGAUGCCGUCGGCGAAUGCGCAGAUCACUGGAGUCAGAAAAUGCAACUCAUAUGGAAAACAGGCUCCUUACUGGUGGUCCAAUUCUUAUUGACUUUGAAGAAUAACAUCACUUUACCUUAGUUGGAAAUUCAGAAGAACUCAACCACAUUGACUAAAGCAAAUGCUGCAUGUUAUCAUUCUGGGAAAUCUGAAAGUGCCAUCUGCCAGAUAAACUGUAUUUUUCUUAAAAUAUAUUGUGGCUUACCAUUUUCAACAAUUCUUUUAAAUUUAGUCCUCAUUAUCCACAUUUAGUGGAUGUAUAAAGUACUAUGAGGUUCAAAAUCAUUAUUAAAUUGAAAUUCUUAUAACUAUGCUAUUUACUAGCUGUGAAAUAGCCAUACAUUGUAUACUACAGUUUUUGUACAUUGAGAGGUUUCCUUCUUUUCACUGUGCAUUCACUCCUGCUACAAAGACUCUUAUCUGCUUCAGAAUGUAUAUUCUUAUUGAUUUUGAUUUGUCAUUGUUAAGAAAUAUUUAUAUACUACUACAAGCUAAAGUUUUCUUAGUACUAAACACUUGCCAUUAGUAGUGAAUGCUUGUUAUUAGCAGGCCACAGAUUCUAUCUGUGAAGAAAAUACAGCCAGUUUUAUUAAUCAUAUUUCUGAAGACAGAUAUAUAAUCUCUUAGUAAUUGUAAUCUCUUAGAUAUAUUUUUAUGUGCAUUCACUCUUUUCCAUCAUCAUUAGGGACUGCAUCAAUGCUGUAACAGUCAUUUUCCACCACAGCAAAAACACACAGAUGUGAAAAGGCUACUUAUAGGUCAGUAAGUGUCCCGUGCUUUGCUCCAGCAUUGGCUGUUAUUGACCUCCAGUGUUAUAAAUAUUUAAAAAGGAAUAUAUGUUGAAAAUUAACAUACUGAGUAUUAAAUAUACACAUCUGGUGUGGGUAAUAGUUUACAUACUAAAAAUGUGACUGCUUACCUUUGUGCCACUCUUCUUUUUGGUCCAUGAAGCAGGCAAAGUGACAGCUUCCAGUUAAACCCAACCCACAAACAUAGAUAAUAUCAUGAUUUCUAUGAAUAAAGACAGAAGUGUUCUAGUAAUAUGCAAGGUGUGGAAAGACAUUGUCUGAGCUAAGAGAAACUACAACUGUCUGUUCAAUUACAUUGAAGAGCUCUGUUGUAUAUACUGUAAACCUGAGCUAUUAAAGAUUAUUUGGUUUUGCAUUAAA